AUGCCCUUCCACCGCUGGAGGGACGAUGACAACGACACGAACGACGACAAUAGUAUGGCAAGGCAGGGUGGCCAUGCGUACGAGGUGACCGUCUGUAUAUAUCCGGAAACAGAAACUGAAGCCGUCAGCCGGUACAUUUGGGCCGGUAGGGUCCAAUCCAGCAGGCCCAGAAAGGAAAGCUUCGGGAGCUUUGCUCGUCGUGAGGGGAUCCUUUUACAAACCCCCCCGUCUUUCGCCCUUGAUCCCGCAUCCGGCAUCUCCCACUUCUCCGGCACUUGCCCCGAUCCCGCGGACGCCGUCCGCUGCCUGCAUCGUCUCAGGCGAGCUCCCCUGCCCCGCCAAGCAAGGAUGACUACUUCAAGGCGUCUUGCUGACAGGAAGAGUGCGAAGUUUCAGAAGAACAUCACAAAGAGGGGCUCAGUGCCUGAAACUACUGUGAAGAAGGGGAAUGACUAUCCUGUCGGACCUAUCGUGCUUGGAUUCUUCAUCUUUGUGGUCAUAGGAUCAUCCUUGUUUCAGAUUAUCAGGACGGCUACUAGCGGUGGGAUGGCUUAAUAUCGAGCUAAAACAAGACUAUUGUUAUCAGAGAUUUAUUAUCCAUGUGUUUGGGAGGCAAUGUCAUAUCUGUACUCUGUAGCAAACUUUGACCCCGAUGAUGUUAUGUGAGAUUUAAAUCUUGUGC